AUGGUACGUUUGGGAACUGUCUUUGCUGUAGCGGGCACUCUGUGCGCUGCUGUGGCGCAAGCCCAGUCUAGUGAUCCGCCGUCUGCGCCUUCGCAGCAGGCCGUGUCGACGUUCGGCAGUGGCGACAGCUCUGCUGCGCCUUCGCCGUCGAGUGUGGCGUCGUCGGCGGCUCCUUCAAGCGCGUCGUCGAGUGCUCCUGCCUCGUCGUCUUCUGCCCCUAGCAGUGCGGCGGCCGCGCCAGCGGCUGCGCCCUCGCCCUCGUUCAACUCCUCUGGCAAAGUGCCGUACAUCUCGCGUGUCGUCGUGUUUGGUGAUUCGUAUGUUGAUCUGGGCAACGGCGACUUUGUCCUCUCUAACAAGACGUGGCCGGCUGACUCUGCCUACGCGGAUGGCCGCUUCACCAAUGGUAUGACGUGGCCUGAGCAGCUGGCACAGAAGCUUCGUGCGGACAUGGCUGGCUACGCAUUUGGUGGUGCGACGACCAACAACUCGUUGGUGCAGGGCUUGGCUGGUCUCAACGACACGAUCCAGGUGCCGGAUCUCGCGAUGCAGGUGGACAACUAUUUGAAAGAUGCGCAGAACAAGUCGGACCCGAAUGGUCUAUACAUUCUGGCGGCUGGCUCCAACGACUUCUUCUUCGGCAUGAAGAACGACACCAACCCUGUGUCGUUGGCCAACCGCUCGGUGGACUCGCUGUUGACGCAGGCAGACCGUCUGGCCUCGACAGGUGCCAAGUAUCUCAUGAUCCCGACGCUGACUGACAUGGGCCGCCUUCCGCACGGGCUCAACUACACCAAUGCGUCGUCGUCGGCUGGCGCUACGAUGUUCGCCAAUGUGUUCAACGAGAUGAUGAAGUCACGCGCCAAGAUGUUUUUGAACCAGAGCUCGACGGUGUACGUGGUGGACAUGCAGAACCCGCUGCUGCUGUACAUGGCGCAGGCGCAGCAGAACAACGUGACCAACGUGACGGAUGCUUGCUUGCGUGGUGUGCACAAGGUGGAAAUCGAUGCGGGUGUGCCGCGUAGCCUGUGUGAGAACCCGAACACGUACGUGUUCUGGGACAUUUACCACCCUACAUCGCACACGCAUCAACAAUUCGCUAUGGUGGCAGCUAAUGAAAUGGACCUCGUCGCCUCGCGUGCGAAGCCGAAGAUGGGACAGGACAGCAACUCGGUGGGUGGCGCUGCUGUGGGCGGUAGCCCCAGCAGUAGCUCGGCUCUGGCUGCUUCGUCGACGUCCAGUGGCUCGGCUGCUCCGCCGCCAUCGAGCGAGCCUGCGCCGGCCCCGUCGAGUGCCCCGUAA